CUGCCUGAACUUUCUCGCCAACCCAUUGAACUUGACUUUAGGAGAAGCAAAUCGGUUCCGCAGCAGUUUGCGGCUGCAAUGAUGGCUGGCGCGCCAUUCAAAGUGCCAGAAAUCAGCCCGGACGAUUACGUGGCUUUCCACGAGGCCCAUUUCUCGCGGGCAGCAACGCAUCAUUUUGAGACGCACUUCCUUCGCCCCAACGAGGCGGCCCCGCUAGAACCUGGCACAAUCAACACCAGCGAAAAGGUUGACGAUGGCAAUGUUGGGGAGGAGUACGUGGAGUUCGUGGAGUACGAAGAGUUCAACGAGAACGCCAAUGGGCUCGGCUUUUACGCGGAUGGCGUGAAGCGAUGUCUGACGGACGCAGAUAUCGCCUGGUUCCGAGAGUGGGAGCUCAAAACCCUCCGUGGCAUGAUAGAGGCAACGCCGUCAUCGCCCAAGAUGGAUAUCGCUGUGCAAGCCGGGGGCCAGCUCUCGGACGGAGAGAUCUCGUCGCACUCGACGCCUCCUGUCGCGCCCCCGGCCAAGAAAAAAAAGCGCAAGCGGGGCAAUAACAGCAACAACCACACCAAUACCCAUGCCUACAACCACUACAACGACUACAGCAGCUACAACGACCACCAGAACGAGGCAGCAGAGCCAAUUGACCUGCGCAAGCGGACAUGGGACGUGGUUGACAAGGGUCUGGAGACGCUGGACUACGAGGACGGAGGGAAUGGCGACGAGGACCGCACCGCCCAGCGACGGCGAAUUUCGUACGACGACUAAAGGUGGAGGAGACUAAGAAUCCGGAAAUCUAGUAGAGAACGCUGCAGCUCCCAAAUAGA